AGGGCGGUGGUAAUGUUGUAUAGUACGUAACGUUUUUACCGAUCGGGCAUCAGUUCGUUCUUACAGUAGCUUCACAACAUGCGGAUAGAUAGCUGCACAUUAUGUUAUGCGGUACAGCAAGAAUAACUGCCCAAUCAGAAACCAUAACUGUAGGCAUUUAAUAUGUAUAUAAGAAAGAAAAUUCAGAUAAUUUUCAUGUCUGUGGUUUUGGUGAGUUUCAUCUUUUUUUAUUCAUACUCGGGAAACACUAAUGAUCCAUACAGUAUACACACGGAGAAGUAUUAUGCCAGUGUUUCAAGUCGCUGGUACAACUAUUCUGGUUCAGUUGCUUUUUCAGAUGAGAUUUAUUUAAAUGGACCAGCAAUAAGCAUGGACAACCCUAAGCUUAUUGCCAGAAUUAAGGAAAGGUUCCUAUUACCUCCAUCAUCCCGCACAGAACCAUAUGAACUGAAGUUCCCACAUUUGAAUGACACAUCCAUGGGGCAGGCUCAGAAAGUUUUUAAUAUUCUAGGAAACAAGACUGAAGGUUUCUUUGUGGAAUGUGGGGCUUUGGAUGGUGAAACUCGAUCGAACACCUUGUACUUUGAGCGUCACCUGAACUGGAGUGGGCUUCUGGUGGAGGCUGACCCACUUAACUUUGCCAUGAUGGAAAUGAAGAAAAGGAAGGCAUACUUGUCUCCCAGCUGUUUGAGCAUCAAGCCAUACCCCAUAAUGGUUUCAUUCAAACAGGCAUUCAAUGUUGGGAAGAUAUCUGAUUUUAAACCUGGUUACAAAGGGAUCGGAUACGUGGACGUCCAGUGUUUUCCUCUCUACUCCUACUUGCUGGCACUGAAUAGAACAACAGUUGAUUACUUUAGUCUUGAUGUAGAAGGAAGUGAACUUGAAGUUUUGAACACGAUACCAUUUGAAAAGCUGGAUAUCCGAACAAUGUCAGUGGAGUUUGUACACGUGAAAAAAGGAAAGGACUUUCUGAGAGAGUUUGUUGAAAGGAGGGGUUAUGUGCUUCACAGUGAAGUUGUACACGAGAAUAACCUUGCAAAUGAUUUCAUAUUUGUAAAAUCACCCAGGUUGGUAUAGCAGACCUGGAGAAGGUGGAAUAGUCUUUCAAUACUGUUCAAAAAAUUAAUAUCACCAAAAUCUUUCCUUUUAUAUUAAUUUUUUGGGGCAGACAAUUUUAAGUUAUUACAUUUCAUUCAAAUGCAGUUAAUUCAGAAAAAUUCCUGGAGAAUAAAAGAAAUUUGUCUACUUUUGGUGUAAAUUGGUUCCUAGCAUUUUAGAACUGUGAACAUUAAUUUUAUGAGGCAUUAGUAUAUGUCUAGACAGAAUGCCUGAUAAAGUAUUGAUUGUGCAGUUACAUCAUCAUUUCUGUAACAUUAUAUGAUUCUUAUAUUAACUUAAAUUACUAAAGAUAUACUUCAUCUACUUCAAGACCAGCUAAAUCAGAGAUGAUGAAGCCCCUGACUUUGGACUGAAUGUAUGAUACUGUGCUACUUGAUCACAGCCAAGUAUGGAGCAAAAGCAAAGUGCACCCUAAACACCUCCUCAUUAUCACCUUUAGUUUUUUUAUUCAGGGUUGGGGCCAUUAUUGGUUAGGUAACGGUAAACUGGGGUAGGUGAUGUUUAAGGUCGUGGCUAGCUGUUAGUGGAGUCAUGAGGUCGUCUCGGAUACGGGUAUGCAUUCAAUCGUGCCGCAGUUUUGAAAUAAAUCGGUAAUUAUUAUUGGAGUUGAAUUUCACAUAAAAAAACUUGAAUCAGUUUUCUGCUGGCCAUUUCUUGGAUAAGUUGAAUAAUAAUUUGAAACUGUUUAUCCGUGCAGCGGCACUGAAGGGCGACCACUGUGUACCAAGACCAAGCUGAAAGUGUUUUUAGCAUCAGCAACGCUAACAAAGACAUUCUUUUUUAAAACAAUGAUGUGCUUUAGUUUGUUUAAAUCUGCAAAUUCUAAUUGGUCAGCUAGAUUGGAACUUGGUCUGGUCACAGUGGCCGCGUGGUCUGAGGUGUGGGCCUUGUGCCGCUCGGACACUGGGACCAUGGGUUCAAAUCCCACUCAAGGCAUGGAUGUUUGUCCGCAUAUUUUUGUGUUGUACAGGUAGAGGCCUUGCGAUGGGCUGAUCACUCAUCCAAGGAGUCCUACCAAAUGUCUAAAUAGAUCAAGCAACCUCCAGACAAAUGCUAAAGAAAAAGAAGAAAGAGAUUGGAACUUGGUCCACUUCUUGGUCAAACAACUAGUUCAAGUGAGAGCAAUUCUUCUCCUAUUGGGUAACCACAGAUGGUCAGAAAUUUCCACUAAGUUGGGUUGCCAGCCCAUGUUAUUUGUGAAAUAUAAAUUUUAAAAACUGAUGUCCUUCAUAACUUAGAUUAUAUCUUAGGGAAACAAGCCACAGACUUGUCCAGCUACAAAAGUUUAUGUUGAGAUGAUGUUAUAUGAUCCUUCUUCCUUCAUGACAAGAAAUAAGAAAUGCCAUAAUUUGAUUAAUCUCAAGCUGUACAGUUAUACAGUAUGAUCUUGAAUAAUGUGAAGCAGAAAUCUCAUCAGUUGUAAAAAACACAAGGAUUAUUGUAGAUGUCAAUGUAUAUUAUGAAAUGUGUUACAUUCUCCAUUCCUUUGCAGCUGUAUAAUAUUUUUGGCAUAACUGUGGAAGAAUUCUAUCACUUUGUGCCAUGGUAGGAUGAUCUGAAUUGGAGUACUGUAUUACUCUCUUUAAUCUGGUGCUGAAUCUGUGAUAAAUUUCUUGUAUUUAAAUGUACAUUAUCCUUAUAAAUGCAGUGGAACUUCAA